UGCCUGCAGAUGCGUCUCUCACCUCCCCGGUGCGUGCUGAGGUCAGUCCGGGCUCCGCUGCGGCCGUGGAGGAGCGGGGGCUGCGCUCGCGAGAGCCCCGGGGCCGCGGGGGAGGGCGCGGAGCUGCGGCUGAGCGCCUGGAGCGGGCCGGGAGCGGGCCGCUGGGAAGCCGGGGGCCUAAGCAGGGCCCUUCCGGUCCUCGGCAGCGGUAGAGGCGAGUGCGCGGAGGGGGGUGUCUGGCCCGCCCCGCCGCCCUGCUCCUCCAUGCGGGCGGCGGCGGGGAGCGGGUCGGGCGAGUGGGGCGCCGGGAGCAGCGGGCGGUGCUGAGGGCCCGCAGCCGGGAGAGAUGAUGGCCAAAUGGAUGAGUAAGUUCUUCAGCGUGGGCAAUAACAAGACCAAGAGCCCUCCGCAGCCUCCGCGGCCCGACUACCGAGAGAAACGCAACAGUGCCGGCAGCGUGCCCCGCCCCGACGGGCCGCCGCACCUGCACCUCCACCACCACACCUCGCCCGGCUUUCCCCACCGCUGCCUGCGCGACGACACCAGCGACCUGCUCCGUGCCUAUCGUGCCCAGAAAGACCGUGACUUCGAGGACCCCUACAGCGGGCCCGGCUCCUCCCUGCUCAAGUUGCGCGCCAUGUGCCGCCCCGACUACUCUGUGCCCGAGGACCUGGGUGGGGCGACCCCAAAGGCUUUUUCCUCCUCGUCGUGCAGCACCGUGCCCCCCCCCACCUGUGCAUCUGGCUCCCCGCACCUCUUUCGCAGCCACAGCGAACGCCGCCCAGCAACACCACCGGACGUGAAGUACAUCUCCCCCAAGCACCGGCUCAUCAAGGUUGAGGCCGGCAGUGGCAGUGAUGGCACGGGCAAGAAGCUCAACAAGGGCUCCAAGCAUAUGGCGACCUCUGUCCCCUCUGCCAUGAAAGAUAAAGUAUUGAUAGCUGAUGACUACUCAGAUCCAUUUGAUGCCAAAAGUGAGCUGAAUAGAAUGGGAAAAGGGGAGAACACUGGCUAUAUGGAACCAUACGAAGCCCAGAGAAUAAUGACUGAGUUUCAGAAGCAGGAAGUCAUGAAAUCUCAUCAGAAAAGCAUGCAGCUCUAUGACACACCCUAUGAACCAGAAGGCAGUGGUGUGGAAUCUGAUUCUGAAAGUGUGGUGAGUCACCAUUUACGAGAAAGCAAAUUGCCACAGGAUGAUGACAGGCCUUCAGAUGAGUAUGAUCAACCAUGGGAGUGGAACAAAGUCACCAUCCCAGCUCUGGCAGCCCAAUUUAAUGGAACUGAGAAACGGCAAGCAUCUCCUUGUCCCUCAAAUGACCAGCGCAGGCAGUUAAGAGCACCGGGAGGAGGCUUUAAACACCUCAAACAUGGCAGUCCAGAAUUUUGUGGGAUCCUGGGAGAGAGAAUAGAUCCAACUAUUCAACUGGAAAAGCAGAUAUGGUAUCAUGGAGCAAUCAGUCGGACAGAUGCAGAAAACCUGUUACGUUUAUGUAAAGAGUGUAGCUACCUUGUAAGAAAUAGUCAAACAAGCAAGCAUGACUAUUCUCUUUCACUGAAGAGCAGUCAAGGUUUUAUGCACAUGAAACUGAUGAAAACCAAAGAGAAAUACAUCUUGGGUCAGAACAGCCCUCCCUUCGACAGUGUUCCUGAAGUCAUCCACUACUACACCACAAAAAAGCUGCCUAUCAAAGGAGCAGAACACUUGUCACUGCUCUACCCUGUGGCUGUGCGGACCCUCUAAUAAUCUAGUCUCACCCCUUCCUGUGGAUGGGAGGUGAGAAGUAAGCUGAGUUGCACAUAAUUCAUUGCUGAAAUUCAGUGUUUGAGUCUGUGAUGGAGAGUGGCAACCUUUAAUCUUGGGGAUAUGAGCGCUCUGCAGAGUUGCAUAUGGGACUGUGUGUGUAGAUUUUUAUGCUGCAGCAUGCCUCUAAAACUGCUUCUACGUAAGAGAAAGAAAUCUUAUUUUAGUGCAAGCAGAACAGAUAACCUUCCCAGAGCUUCUCUGUGAAUAAAAGUACUUUCCAACAAAAGUUCUUCCAUGUUUUGAGAAGAAUAAACAAGUUCUACUCAGCAGUAAAACACCAGCAACUUUUAUUGUCUUAGGAUCCUAAGGAACUUCUCCAUGUAAAAGAGUAACCUGACUCUGAGGGACCCUAGGAUAUUCUUGGUGGACCUGAGAAGGAGUUACCUAGCAGGCAAGUCCCUGUGGCUCUGGUGGAUGUUGUUUUUUUUAAUGCAGCUUUUGGGGAUAGUUGAAUGUAAAACUAUUAGACACACAAUCUUAAAACAAUUUUGUGAGAGUAAAUCAUGGUCAAUUAUUUAUGAAUAGGGAAUGUAAUUAAAAAGUAGUUUGUUAUAUAUUUUUAUCUUUUUUGCUACACUAAUCUCUUAAGGGUUACAGUCUUCCUUUGCAAGUUUUAUUCUGUUUGGGGCAGUUACACCGUAAUGUUUUAAGUAGUUGAGAGUGAGUCAUUUUAAUAUGGGUGAGUAUUUAUGCAUGAGGGUAGUUGAAGGCUUUAGUAGGCAAAAUCUUCACUUGCUUAUUCACCUGGAUCAAACAGUUGUCGUACUGAAGUAGCAAACUAACAAGUGCAUGUCACACUGCUUUUCCAUAAGAUGGCUUUUGCAGCUGCAUAAUUGAGAACUGUGGUAUGUAGCAGAGGAGAAUUUGUUUUUCUGGUAUACCAAGGCAUUCUUGAAAUAUUGUCCCUUGACAUGUCCUGGCCAGUGUUCAUUUCCACCAUGAGCGAAAGCCUCCUGCUGUAUUUCAGUCACUGUUAGCCAGAAGCAGUUCGGAAGUUGCUUAUGCCUUAGUUAUGCCAACUUGCCAACUCAAUGGCCAUCCACUUGAGAGAUAUUUUCCACAUGCUCUGUGUGUUCAUUGGAUGAGAAAAAUGAAAAAAAAAUAGAAUUGUGCAGAAAUUAGAACUAGGGAAUCAAUAGUGUCAUAGUCCUCACUUUGUGCCAUCUCCUACCUAUGUCUAGAAUGUUGUGCAAUAACCCAUCAGCUGUUGUAGCAGCAAAAUGGUUAUACACGGUUUAUGUAUUUUACAGACUGCAAUAGGACUGUGAAAUUGUGUGUUAUUUAAUUCAGCUUUCUUACCUACUACUCCCUUUUAUGUUUGCUUAGAAAGAAGUGCAAAUUUGAAACUUUCAGUGGAAUAACCACUUACUGCCUGUAAAAGUAGUGCUUCAUUUUAUUGUUGAAUCUGCUAAAAACCUCAAGGAUUUCCCAUAUAAUGUAAUUGGUGAUGAAUGUUCUGCCUCCUUCUAGGCCCGCCUAGUUCUUUAUAUGACAUCCAACACAGUUUGAACAAGAGUGGAUCAUAAAUAUAUGAGGAGCCCAGUGCUGAUCUGUGCAGCAACAGUAAUGGGUCAAACUGUUCCUCUCUCACCCAGAAUUUAAAGCUGCAUUGGAAUUUGUUCUUACAGGUUUUCUGAGAGAAGGAUGGCAGAAUGGAGUACAAAGAGACAACAUUCCUCUCCAAGUGAAACCAAACAUCCCCUUUUUUGUGUGCUCACCUACAUGCACUUUUUGUGUCGCUAAAAUCUUUGCAGAACUCUUAAUUCUCCUCUUAACAUCACACAAUUGGCAAGGGCAUGCAGGCACUUUUAAGUUAGCAUAUUCUUCUCUCAUCAGAGUAGGAGUUCAUGAAUGUGGCAAAGCUCGCAGAGAUUAGGUAUCAGAUUGCAUCUGCUGAGUCUUUACCUGUGUGAGCUCUGGCAACUCCAUCAUGCCCCUUGGGACAGAAAUAUGUCAUAUUUCUUGUUUUGCAUGUUGAAGUACAUUUUUGAGAAUUUGUCAUUGUUGCUGUUCUAUGGCCUGUUUUUCUUCUUCUGUAACAGAAAAGUAACCCCCUACUCUCUCCUACAGCAAUUACCAGUUAACCAACAGCACCGUUAACCAAGGCCUUCCCAGGCUUCUCUAAACACAUUGUCCUUAGCUCAUAGAGAUGACUGUUGUACCAAAUCUUUCUUGUCAUGAGCCUUGUUGAAAUUCAGCUGAAGCCAGCAGAUGCCAUUUUAUUGCUGUCUGCAGAUUUUGCGUUGGAUUCCCUUGCUUCAUACAAAUCAGGUGAAGAUGCAUCAUACACUGUGUAUACAGUUUUUUACAGCUUCAAGGAUCAGAACAGGGUCCUUGAUUCAGCAAGAGGAAAUCAUCUCAGAAAAUGUUGCUUAUCUGUGGGAAGCUUUUUUCAAUUAUUUUUAAAAAGACUUCUAGAAAGUAUUCAGAAAUUGCAGAAUAAAUAAAACCGGGAUUCUGUUUGCACUGUAA